GGCCAAUCAGCUGUGCAUCGGCCUGUUCUCAUUUGUAAAGUAAAACGCAUUGUAACGCACUUUGUACGCUUACAGGCGCACUUUCGGUACAAAUGCCUUGUUUUCUGUGCACUCAGAUUGUCGAUGAAGCAAUCGGCAACAUAGAAUUCGCGUCGGAGGAGGCCGAUUCAUUGGGCCUGCGAUGCAUCAUCGAGAAACACUUCUGGCUGCAGAUCCCUGAAUCGGGCAGCGGCUAUGUGUGCGGCGCCUGCUGGGAGCAGCUGCUGCUCUUCCACAACUUCUAUUUGAGUGUGGAGCAGGCCCACAAGGCGCUGCAGCAAACGGUUCCGGAGGAUACGUCUCCUACAGAAGUUGAUGCGCCCCAAGGACCCUUGGUCAAGAGCGAGCAGGCUGAUAGCGUGGCCGCUGCCGUGAAGCGCCGACGAGGACGACCCCGUAAGGAACCUCCGAAGGAUGCCAGCGAGGAAUUGAAGUGCGUGCUGGAGCAAAUCAACCUGAACGAGAUAAAAAUCGAGUUCCCCGAGGCCGAUUUAACCAUCGCCGAUGUGCUGGAGGAUCAGGUGGAGCACGAAUACCUUUCCGACGAAUGUAUCAGCGGGGACGAAAAAGAGGAUGAGGAGGAGGAGCAAAGGGAACCCCAGCCGAAGAUAAAGCGAAAGGUACGCGGACGGCCAAAGGGACGUGGACGGGUGCGACUAGCUGAGCGGCCCAGUAAAGACGGUGUGCCCAACACUAAGAAGUCGCAGGAGUUCAACGACUUCAUCCGCGAGCACUACAAAGUCCAGUGCCAUAUCUGCAGCUCUCCCAUGGAAGGCUUCUCCGAGAUGCUAGUGCAUGUCCGACGCGAGCACAAGCAGCGCGGCUACUCGAUGUGCUGCAACCGCAAGUUCUGGAAGCGGGGUUACCUCGUGGACCACCUGCGCCGUCACCAGGACCCUGAGCUCUUCAAGUGCUCAAUCUGCGCGCGCGUGAUGGGUCACCGCCGCAGUCUGGAGCUGCACAUGCGCAUGCACGAUAUCAAAACGCGCGGUCGCCUUUACCAUUGCGAUCACUGCUCCAAGAGCUUCUACAGCGCCGUUGUUUGCGAGCGCCACAAACUGACGCACGUUCCCCGGGAGCAAUGGCAGGUGAAGUGCACCCACUGCGAGAAGACAUUCCCCACCCAGUACACAAUGCAGCAGCAUGUCAAGCUGGUCCAUUUGAAUUUAUAUGCUAAGAUCUGUGAUGUCUGUGGAAAAUCGAUCAGAGGACGCGAAGCCUUGGCCAGGCACAUGAAGGAGCACACUGGCGCGCCACAGGCAGCGAUUAAGUGCCACUUGUGCGACUCCACGCUAACCACCAAAUACGGUCUUGCGCGCCACAUAAAAAUGAUGCAUACCGCCGAAAACCUGAAACCGAUGCAGUGCCAGUACUGCCUAAAGAUCUCGCCCAGUCUGCAGGCCCACCAGCACCACAUUAAGUACACCCACAAUACGGCGCGUAGCCAUCAAUGCCCUAUGUGCGAGAAGGCCUUCAAGCGACCAAACGAGCUGAAGGAACACAUGACAACCCACACGGGAGAGGUUUUAUACACUUGUCCCCAUUGUCCGCAGACCUUUAAUUCCAAUGCCAACAUGCAUGCCCACCGGAAGAAGGUGCACCGCAAGGAGUGGGAGGAGAGCCGCCACCAGCGGUUCAGUCGUUCUCGAAAAUCGGACACAAUUAUUGCCUUGAGUGUACGCAAGACCACGGAGACUAGGCAGGAUGUCGAGGCAGGAAAUGGGGAAGCGAUUUCAUCACCCAAUAGCCCUGGAGCAGAGUGCUAGCACUAUGGCCCUUCGACCCAAUAAAAACCAAAUGAGACACUAUGGCUGUUGUUGUGAUCAGAGCGACUCGAGGGCAGAAUGUCGAGGCAGGAGGUGGAGAAGCGAUUUCAUUACCCAAUAGCCCUGGAGCAGAGUGCUAGCACUAUGGCCCUUCGACCCAAUAAAAACCAAAUGAGACACUAUGGCUGUUGUUGUGAUCAGAGCGACUCGAGGGCAGAAUGUCGAGGCAGGAGGUGGAGAAGCGAUUUCAUUACCCAACAGCCCUGGAGCAGAGUGCUAGCACUAUGGCCCUUCGACCCAAUAAAAACCAAAUGAGACACUAUGGCUGUUGUUGUGAUCAGAGCGACUCGAGGGGUAAACAAUUUGUGAGAUCUUUAAUGGAAAACCCUGAUUCGAUGGGAUCAACAGGCUGAAUCCGGUUGUGGUUUCCGCUGGCUUCAGUGAUUUCCAGGACUAAAUUCUUAUAUUACUUAUUUUUAUGGGGACAAGUUAAUUGUAAUCUGGGAGAAAUGUAACCGUAGGACUUAAGGAAAAACUUUUUGAGUGGUUUUAUAAUAGAAUACAGCGGAA